AUGGCUUCUAUUAUCGCCCGUCGUGCCUUCACGACCACCGCUCGCCGGUUGGCGCCCACGGGCGAGCAGGCGCUGAGCUCGGAGAGCAAGAAGAACCCCGAGAUCAUGAUUCUCGGAGGUGUCAUGGUUGUCGCCCUGGCUGGCGCCGGCUUCUACUUUGGCCGGAGCCCGACCAGUUCUUCGAGCGAGAGCUCCGUUCCUGUCGCUAAGAAUAGCAUGCCCUGGGAGUCCGCCUCGGGCGACGGAAAAUACCAGUAUCACCCUGGUGGUGACCCGAAGUCCGCUCCCAAGGACGCCCCGAGUGCCGUCAACGUUGUCAUUGUCCCAGACGUCAACCUCCCAAAGAGCCUGCACGACAAGUUCAACAAAUGGGGCAAGGACGGGUACUAG